ACCCGCCGCUCUCGAUCCGCCGCCGCUGCCGUGACCACCACCCAAACCCCCUGCCGCUCGAACGCCUCAACCUCCCAUAUAUAACCGGCCCCGUUUGAAACCUUUCCCCGCUGCAAAUCCUCACUCUACUGCGGGGCUCGGGGUUUCGAUCGGGGUCGGAUCGGGCCAUGGCCGCGCUGGGGAUGAGCGGAGGCGCGAUUGGGGUGGGUGCCGGAGGAGGUGGCGCGGCAGCGGUUGUGGACGCGGCGCGGCCGGUGGACCUCGCCAGGCACCCCUCUGGCAUCGUCCCUGCCCUCCAGAACAUUGUCUCAACAGUCAAUUUAGACUGCCAGUUGGAUCUGAAAAUGAUCGCCCUACAGGCGCGUAAUGCAGAGUACAAUCCAAAGCGUUUUGCUGCAGUCAUCAUGAGGAUAAGGGAACCAAAAACAACAGCGCUAGUCUUUGCUUCUGGGAAGAUGGUUUGCACUGGAGCAAAGAGCGAGGAACAUUCAAAGCUUGCUGCAAGGAAGUAUGCGCGAAUUGUCCAGAAGCUUGGAUACCCAGCCAAGUUCAAGGAUUUCAAGAUCCAGAAUAUGGUUGGCUCGUGUGAUGUGAAAUUUCCAAUUCGUUUGGAGGGCCUUGCUUUUUCUCAUGGUGCCUUUUCUAAUUAUGAGCCGGAGCUCUUCCCUGGGCUGAUUUACCGUAUGAAAAACCCCAAGAUUGUGCUCCUCAUUUUUGUCUCUGGCAAGAUCGUUCUCACUGGAGCCAAGGUGCGGGAAGAGAUAUAUACUGCCUUUGAGAACAUUUAUCCCGUGCUAACUGAGUACAGAAAGUGUCAGAAAUGAGAGGAGGGAAUUCAUCAGCCACAGAGAAGGGAGUUCAUCAGCCGAAGGGGUCUUCUGCUGCUGGAGCAGAUGUACAGAACUGAUCUGACUGCCAAAAUUGUCAUACCUGAGCUGUUGUUCGAGUCAUUCUAAUUUCCCCUUUGUACUUGAGGUGGUCUAUGAUAUUAAGGCAAUGAAAAAACAGACUUCUGAACAAUCUGAGCAAAAGAUGUGUCUUGAAAAAAAAAACCUUGUGAACAA